ACUUCAAGCAAAGGACGACCCGGGGGGUCACGAGGAACGUAGAGAUGUGGAGGGGUGGGAUUUAAACCCAACACACGUACACAUCAUCAUGAGUCAUCCGGGAAAUCAAAACUAAUUUCCUGCCUGGAAUAACUGGACGCUGUCAUUUUUUUYCCCCCACCUCCCCAAACAAACGCGCAAAGGGAGGCACCUGGCGUCUCCACUGGCGCGCGCCCGGGAGAACCAAAAACGAGCAGCUCGGCGCGUGUUCCUGCAGCUUCCUCAGAGGCGCUGAGGCUUCCAGGAAGAUGCAAUAACGAGCUCGGUGAUUUUACUCUUUCUAUCUCACACACACUCUCCAUCUGUUUGUGCGCCAUGGCACGGCGCGCUGCUCCCGCCGGACGCCGUCACCGGAUAACUUCUCUGUCUGCGCGGAUGGAGCCGUUCCUCGAUGGCAUCUGAUGAAUCCUCCGCCCGGAGACGGUAACAGGUUUGCCAAACAUCUCACCUCCAUGUCACCGGGACGUCUCCAUGGCGAUGUUUAGCGGCGCCGAGCGGCACUGGAACGAGUCGGGCGGCUUCGCGUGGGACGAGAGGAACGACAGCUCGGACGCCUCGGCCAAGGAUGACGGGGAGUGCAACUACUACGCCAUGCUGUACUCCCUGCUCAUCCUGGCCAUCGUGUUCGGCAACGUGCUGGUGUGUCUGGCUGUGCUGAGGGAGCGCUCGCUGCAGACCACCACCAACUACCUGGUGGUCAGCCUGGCCGUGUCUGACCUUCUGGUGGCCUCGCUGGUCAUGCCCUGGGCCGUGUACCUGGAGGUGGUCGGCGGGGCGUGGCUCUUCAGCCGCCUCUACUGUAACGUCUUCGUCACAUUGGAUGUGAUGAUGUGCACGGCCAGCAUCCUCAACCUGUGCGCCAUCAGCAUCGACAGGUACACAGCGGUGGUGAUGCCCGUUCUGUACAACACCACCCAUCGCUCCAGGAAGAGGGUUUUUAUUAUGAUCACCACGGUGUGGGUGCUCGCGUUCGCYGUCUCCUGUCCCCUGCUCUUCGGCUUCAACACCACAGAGGACCCCAGAGUGUGUUCCAUCUCCAACCCGGACUUUGUGAUUUAUUCCUCCGUGGUGUCCUUCUACCUGCCGUUCAUCGUCACUCUGCUGGUCUACGUCCGCAUCUAYGUCUUCCUCAGGAUGAGGAGGAAGAGGAUCACCUUCGGGCAGGCCAGUGGGAAAGUGCAGCCUGGGUCCACCCAGCCGUCCAUGGAGACCUGUCUGCAGGAAGAAACUCCCAAAGCAAAGCAGGACUUGUCACCUAUAAGGAUUAAAGUGCAGAGCGUAGAUCCACCGAGCCUUUCUAAGUCGAAUCUACUCUCGGGCUGCUUGUGGCGCAAACGCCCCAAAACGGGACCGGAGGAGAACUCGGUGCUGCCCCCCGUGGACACGCACAACUACUGCAGCAUCAGCCACGCCUCCUGUGGCCGCACAGAGCUGGACCUGGAUCAGGGUCGAGGGGAGCAGGAUGGGCAGGACGACAACCAGACGGAACUUCCUCCCGUCAGGAUGGGCUGUGAGGUGAAGGACCUGUCGAACGGACGGACGCACACGGCGCUGCGGCCGAUGUCUCUCUCUCACAUGAAUCCACGGUUCAGGAGCAUGCACGCGCGGGAGAAAAAAGCUACACAGAUGUUGGCCAUCGUGCUCGGGGUGUUUCUCAUCUGCUGGCUGCCUUUUUUUGUGACUCACAUUCUGAACACCCACUGCAGGACAUGCUACGUGCCUCCUGAACUUUACAGCGCUUUCACCUGGCUGGGCUAUGUCAACAGUGCCCUCAACCCCGUCAUCUACACCACCUUCAACAUCGAGUUCAGACGGGCCUUCAUCAAAAUCCUCAGCUGCUGAGGGAGGAGGGGGGAGACGAUGACGACGACACGUCAGGAGAUUAAAAUGGAAAUGAGGCUGUGCGUACGUGCGGUAACUCAAGCAUGGCGUGUUUUUUAUUUUAUUUUUGCAAACCGUGACCGCCAGGUGAACACCGGUGAGUGGAAGCAAACAGCAACCAGCAAGGUGAAGGCUUGGAGUAAAGGAUGUUGGAGAGAUAAACACAAACACGAUGGAUUUAUUUAUAUUUUCCAAGUGAAAACUCAGAUUUUUCUUUUUUGUUAUUAAAGCUGGAUUCCAUUUUAUCAGUAUUACAUUUCAGACUCUGAAAUCCAAACAGUAUAGCACAAUUUGUGAGCCUUUUUUUAAAGAAGUAUUGUAUAUUACUGGUAUUGCUCAUCGGCACAGAGUUGGUAAAGUCAGGACUUUCAGGUCAAUAUGAGUUUAAAAGCUCUUCAGAGCCCAAACGGAGCUUUAAGGCUGCUAAAUGGAUGUGUGGGCCACUUCAUCCGAAAGCCUUCUGCCUCCGCAUCGAGUGGAUUAACAGAUGAUAUUCACCUCCUCCUCCUCCGCUCGCCCCUCCUUCAUCGCUCUGACCUUCAGGUACUCACCGGAGCAUGCACACACACAAAAAAAAAUAAAUAAAUAAAAUCACAACUGUGUGUUGAAAACACGUUAAGAGGACGGUGCAGGUUCCUGCCGAGACUCAAAUCAUUUUGAAGAUUGUCAUACGUGUUUGAUGUGCAGGCAUUGUGCUUCGUGUGGAUUCAUUAGAAAUAAAAAUUUUGCUGUAAAAACGUUUUCAUCGAUUGUCAAAGGAGGCGAGGAGAUUGUUGGCAAUCUUUACUGUGAUUUAGAGCUGGCUGCUCUCGGAGAAAGCUUUUUCUUUUCAUUUUAAAGAAAUAAUUCGUCUUUAGAGCUGUUUUUAAACUGUAUAAAUAAGAAAUAUCUUACCUGUUGUAGAUAACGUUUUGAAUGGUCUCAGUUUGGACGAAGUGGAUUACUGCCAUCUUCAAACCAAUCUAAAACAUUUCAUGGCAGCUCUUACAAAUAAAACUUUUUUAAACUUUUA